AUGGCCGGCGGGGAGCAGCGCGCGCCCGGCGCUCCCGAGCGGGUGGCGCUGAAGAAGGAGAUCGGGCUGGUGAGCGCCUGUGCCAUCAUCAUCGGUAACAUCAUUGGUUCUGGGAUCUUUAUUUCACCGAAAGGAGUGUUGGAGCAUGCUGGCUCGGUGGGACUGGCGCUCAUUAUUUGGGUGCUUGGUGGCGGUGUGGCUGCCCUGGGCUCGCUAUGUUACGCUGAACUGGGAGUCACCAUCCCCAAAUCGGGAGGGGAUUAUUCCUAUGUCACAGAGAUUUUUGGUGGGUUAGCUGGGUUUCUGCUGCUGUGGAGCGCAGUGCUCAUCAUGUACCCGACUAGCCUGGCUGUCAUUGCCCUGACCUUCUCAAACUAUGUCCUGCAGCCCGUCUUCCCUAACUGCAUUCCUCCCUAUAAUGCCUCUAGGAUCCUCUCCAUGGUGUGUUUACUCCUCCUGACCUGGGUGAACAGCUCCAGUGUGCGAUGGGCAACGCGCAUUCAGGAUAUAUUUACAGCAGGAAAGCUCUUAGCCCUGACCCUUAUCAUUAUUGUGGGCUUCAUACAGAUCUUUAAAGGAAACUACAAAGAGCUGACACCAAGCAGUGCCUUCAAAUUUUGGAUGACUCCAUCCGUGGGGCAUCUAGCAUUAGCUUUUCUUCAAGGGUCCUUUGCAUUCAGUGGCUGGAACUUCUUGAACUACGUAACAGAAGAGCUGGUUGAUCCCCGCAGGAACCUACCUCGUGCCAUAUUCAUAUCCAUCCCAUUGGUGACAUUUGUGUAUACGUUCACCAACAUUGCAUAUUUCACUGCCAUGUCACCCCAAGAGCUCUUGUCCUCCAACGCUGUGGCGGUAACAUUUGGUGAAAAGUUACUGGGCUAUUUUUCCUGGGUUAUGCCAGUCUCAGUGGCCCUAUCUACAUUUGGAGGAAUAAAUGGAUACCUUUUUACCUCAUCAAGGCUGUGUUUCUCUGGUGCUCGAGAGGGCCAUUUGCCAAGUUUGCUCGCCAUGAUCCACGUCAAGCACUGCACGCCCAUUCCUGCCCUUCUCAUCUGUUGUUUGGCCACACUCAUCAUCAUGCUUGUUGGAGACACAUACACACUAAUCAACUACGUGUCAUUUAUUAACUACCUCUGCUAUGGAGUGACCAUUAUAGGCCUGAUUGUUUUACGCUGGAAGAAACCCAAAAUCUUCAGACCUAUCAAGGUGAACCUCCUCAUCCCCAUCACUUACCUGGCGUUUUGGGCAUUUCUGCUGAUCUUCAGCUUGUACUCUGAGCCGGUGGUCUGUGGGGUUGGACUAAUUAUCAUUUUAACCGGAGUGCCAGUGUUUUUCCUCGGAGUCUACUGGAGAAAUAAACCAAAGUGUGUAAAUAGGCUAAUAGAGUCCAUGACGUGCUGGGGGCAGAAGCUGUGCUUUGUGGUGUACCCUCAGUGUGCAAGUGCUGAGGAGGAGGCGUCCUCAGCCCACUCCUGGCGGCUGGUGAGCGACACAGCAGUGAGGAAAUAA